AUGGCAGAUGGACCACAACCUGACAACCUUACGGACGCGAGUGAACCCCGGGAAGCUUCCACAAAGACCCCCUCGCCUUUCCCACCGCCUGCACCCUCCUACUCAAGAUGGCGCACUUCCGCCCAUCUCUACCUCCCGCUCGUCACCGUCUUCCUCCUUAUGAGCCUGGGCACGCCGUUCGAGACUCCAGGGGCCAAUUUCCUCUGCGUCUUCCUGUCCGCGAUCCCAACGAAUUGGCUCGGCGCCUUCUUCUACCCCACCGACCGCGCCGAGCCAAAACCUGAACAAGCCAUCCGCUUCACGCGCAAAAGCAAUAUUUGUCGUGCGGCGGUACUUGUCACAUAUCGUUGGAUGUUCGGCAGGUCUUUUGACCUGUUCAUGCUCACCGCCGACUUCUUCUUGAGCCAUUUUAUCGGUCCCCUUAUCGGCGAGCGGCCUCCAGGGACCAAGGAGCGACGCAGCGAGUUUGGCGUCGCGUUACUCUGGAUGGCAGGAAGUGGGAUGUUGAUGCAAUACGCUCCAUCUGCGCUAAGCUAUUGGAUUAUCGUGGCAGACAGGACGGUAUGGAGGGCGGUGUACAUGGCGUUUGUCGAUGACGUGGUGGGCGUGCUGGCAAGACCGAACCUGAAGACGUGGAGGGGCAAGGUCACGCUGGUCCUGACUCAAGCAUUCACUAUCACGUUCAUCAGUUGGAUGCUGCUGUCAUGGACGAGAGACGCGAUGCUGGCAGCUGGAGUGGAUGACGAGCGCAAGGCUGCGCUUGCUGCAAUGGAAGCCCAGCUUAACUCCAUGAAAGCAGAAGGGGACAUUGAAGACGAUGGCGAUCGAUAUCUGGUGUAA